CUUAUUUCUCAGCAAAUAACAAAAUUAAACAUAAUCAACUAUUCCAUUAAACAAAUUGAGUGGGAGUAUCAAAUAAAAUUUUCAAGCAAAAGAAAAGGAUAAUUCUUUUCCAUUUUUUACUUCAUUUCAGUUUUUCAUGUAUCCCUUGCGAUUGGAUCGAAAUGGAAAAUUGACCACAAAACGGGGCAACCGACCCAACUCAGCGUGAUACUGACGCGACAACGUGGCAUGAUUUGUAAGCAAAAAGAUCAACGUCAGCUGUUCUCUUGUCAAAAUUGAAAGCGAACCCACAGAAACAAAAAAGAUUAAAGUCACAAUUUGUAGAUACUCUCUGUGAUUCAACAAUUGAUCAAAUAUGUCAUAUGAAGAAGUUGGAAUAGAAGCAAUAAAGCAUGCUAUAAAGGCGUUAAGAAAGCGGCAUUUAGUAGAAGAAGGGGCUCAUGCCCCUGCCCUGGCUGCCCUCAAUAGGCCUCUUGUUUUGCAGGGUUCAGAGUGGAAAGAGAAAGCUGAAAAUCUUGAGACGGAACUUCAGCAAUGUUACAAAGCUCAAUCACGACUGUCGGAGCAGCUUGUGGUGGAAGUAGCUGAAUCCAGGGUGUCAAAAUCUUUAGUUCAAGAGAAGGAAACUGUCAUUACUGACCUUCAAAACGAGCUAAAUCAAGCAAGGGAUGAAUGCUCACAUUUAACUGAACUUCUUGAGGAAAAGACUAAAGCUUUGGAAUUGCUUAUGGGUGAGCACCAGGACCUUAAAGCACAACUUGAAGCAAUGACUCUGAGAGCAAACAAUGCUGAGGCAGAAAAUAAAACGUUGGUUGACCGAUGGAUGCUGCAGAAGAUGCAGGAAUCUGAACGCCUUAAUGAGGCUAAUGCUCUCUAUGAAGAUAUGCUUGACAAGGUCAAGGCUGCCAGUAUAGAGAAACUUGCUCGUCAACAAGUGGACGGUGUGGUCCGCCAAAGUGAAGAUGGUGCAGAAUUUUAUGUAGAGUCUUCCAAUCCUAGUACAUGCAAGCAGAGGAUCCCCGCCCAUGAUGGUGGAUGUGCCUCGAUUCUUUUUGAGUAUAACUCAAGUAAAUUGAUAAGCGGUGGGCAGGACCGGGCAAUUAAAAUGUGGGAUACUACAAGUGGAUCAUUAACCAACAGUCUUUAUGGUUGUCUGGGCUCAGUCCUUGAUCUUUCCAUUACACAUGAUAACAAAUUCAUCAUAGCAGCAAGUAGUUCAAAUAACUUGUAUGUGUGGGAUGCAAAUUCAGGCAGGAUACGUCAUACUCUUACUGGGCACAUAGACAAAGUUUGUGCAGUAGAUGUUAGCAAAUUUUCAAGCCGCUAUGUGGUGAGUGCUGCAUAUGAUCGCACUAUAAAAGUUUGGGAUUUGCAGAAGGGUUACUGCACCAACACUAUUAUCUUUCACAGUAACUGUAACAGCCUGUCGUUUAGCAUGGAUGGACUGACUAUCUGUUCCGGUCAUGUCGAUGGUAAUCUUAGAUUAUGGGAUAUUCAAACAGGCAAGCUUCUGAGUGAAGUUGCUGCACAUUCACAAGCUGUUACAUCAGUUUCGCUCUCUCGAAAUGGAAACAUGAUAUUAACCAGUGGGAGAGACAACUUGCACAAUCUAUUUGAUAUUCGUACCCUUGAAAUUUGUGGCACUUUCAGAGCAAAUGCAAACCGAGUUGCAUCAAAUUGGAGCAGGUCCUGUAUCAGUGCAGAUGAUAGUUAUGUUACAGCUGGUUCUGCUGAUGGAUCUGUUCAUAUUUGGUCAGUAUCAAAUGCUAAAAUGGUAAGCACAUUGAAAGAACACACAUCGUCUGUACUUUGUUGUUCAUGGAGCAGUCUUGGUAAACCUCUGGCUACCUCAGAUAAGAGUGGAGUCAUAUGUAUUUGGUCAUGAUAUCACUUCAAAGUUCCAUAUGCUCCAGUGUAUUGAGUAGUGACAUGAUUGAUCGACUUGUUAUAGAUUGCUCAGAUAUUCAGCUUGCAGUCAGGAUCUUGAGUGUCAUUGUUUAUUUUAGUUGUUUAAAGCACAAAAUUAGUCAUCAUAUUGAUUGUCAAGCCAUAAAUGGGCGUCCUGCAUCCAAAGAUCAUGACAAAAAGGGCUGACAUUGUAAAUACUACGUACAUUAGCUUUUAAGCUGAAAAAAUAGAGAUCUUUAGUUGAGAUUGAUUGGAUUGUGGAUAUGCGUUAUGCACUGUUCAUUAUUCGUGGAAAAAUAAAGUGGUCCUUUUCUUUAA